AUCAGUGGGAAGAAUGUCCCUUACAUUGGUGAUCAGUGGGAAGAAUGCCCCUUACAUUGGUGAUCAGUGGGAAGAAUGCCCUUACAUUGGUGAUCAGUGGGAAGAAUGUCCUUUACAGAAUGUUGGUGGUCAGUGGGGAAGAAUGUCCCUUACAUUGGUGAUCAGUGGGAGAAGAAUGUCCCCUUACAUGGGGGGUCAGUGGAAGAAUGCCCCUUACAUUGGUGGUCAGUGGGAAGAAUGUACCCUUACAUUGGUGGCCAGUGGGAAGAAUGUCCCCUACAUUGGUGGUCAGUGGGAAGAAUGUCCCUUACAUUGGUGAUCAGUGGGAAGAAUGCCCCUUACGUUGGUGAUCAGUGGGAAGAAUGUCCCUUACAUUGGUGGACAGUGGGAAGAAGAAUGCUCCUUUAUUGAUCGUCAGUAGGAAGCAUGUCUCUUUCAAU